AUGAAGUUUUUCACAUUCAGCAGAUCCUGUACCGGUAGUAGACAUUGUGUGGUAUCAACAUGCAAGUGGGCGUUUCUUCUAGCAAUGUUGUCUGAAUGGGCAUUCAGUGUGGAGUGCCAGAUUCUGGAAGUAAGUUCAAGACCAUGUAAAGUUUACAACCUCACGUAUUUAGACUGCAGGUUUCAGAAUAUCAUUGAUGUCCCCAGUGAUCUAGCAAAGAACUUGACAUCUUUGGAUUUGUUAGUAAACAAUAUUACAUCCAUCAGGAAGGACAGCUUCCUGGCAUUGUCACAGCUUGUAUACCUGGAGCUGAGUAGAAACAACAUAGUGGAAAUAGAACCAUAUUCCUUCUCGCGUCUUGAGCGGCUGGAGUACUUGGGGCUUCUGAGAACCGGAUUUGCUUUUAAAGGUGGGUUUCACAUCACUACUCAGACGUUUCAUGGGCUAGGACAGCUGAGAACUUUGGAUCUUACUUUGGCUGGCUUGAAUGAUGUGAGCAAGGAAUAUUUUUUUAAUACGCCAAACCUUAGAACUUUACGACUCAGUUUAAACUUUAUUUAUGUCUUGCCGGAAGACACCUUCGAAUAUGUAUCAAAGUUAGAGUUGCUGGACCUUGGUGACUUACGGGAGUUGUACCUGAACUGGACAAGAAUAACAACAAUGCCGCUAGAUCCCAUUUCACCACUAUUGAACUUACGAAUGUUGUUUAUUGAGGGGCCCUUUACAAUUGUGGAUUUUAAUAGCACACUCACAAAUUUGAGAAGCCUGAGUGAAGUGGAGACUAAUGUAUGUAACUUUACCGAUUUAAAUAAUUUGGAAAAUGCUUACUGCUACGACACGAACUUCAGCCAUGCUCCUUUCCAGGAACUGCAUACUAAUAGUAUUAUAUUGAAUGAAGUUGUAAUCGAAGAUGAAAACAUCAAUAAAGUUCUUGCUGGUCCAUUUUCACCCUCAACUAGAGAACUUUAUUUGGAACUUGUGACAGGCUUAAGUAUCAAACACAUCAACGGAGAAAUUCUUAAUGGUGUGCUAAACUCUUCCAUUGAAAUAAUUGACCUUUCACGCAACGACAUCGUUGGUAUCGAACCUGGAACCUUUCACAAUAUGACCAACAUCAAACACCUGAAUUUAAGUUCAAACGCUUUCUGUUUGUUAGACAAACCUGCUUUUGAGGGACUAGAAAACCUGAAAAUUCUGGAUCUUACAUCAAGUCAUUUAUUCUCGGUACCUUAUUUGCGACCUCUGACUCAUCUCCAGGUGUUCAACAUGUCAUUCAACAGUCUUAAAAAUCCAAUCAAUUACCACGCAUUCAGAGAAGCGCCAAAUUUAGAAGUCCUGAUACUGAAACAUACAUCGUUAUCAGAUUUAGCGAUUAGUAACGGGUGUCUCCACAAUCUCACAAAUCUGCAGGUCCUCGAUCUGAGUGAAAACGAACUAAUUUACAUACCGCGAAUCAUAAAUGAAAACAUACUGACAAUGCCAAACUUGAAAAAAAUUGAUUUCUCAAAUAACUAUCAUGCCCAUUUUAUGAACAAUUACAGAGCUACCUUGGCACCGCUGACUCACCUCGAGAGUGCUGAUUUCAGUGCAGUCUAUCCUGAACUGUUCAUAUUUAGCAAUGUCACGUCCCUAAAGGAACUGACAAUGAACAACAAUAAUGGCCAAGCUGGACAGUGGGGUGGUAAUUUCAAUAAGGACUGGGUCAAAUACCAAAUCUACCUGCCAAGAUUGGAGUUUCUAUCAUUGUCAAAUUCAGCUAUACGUGUACUGAGUCUUGACGUGGUGAGUUCUAUACCAGCGAUAAAACACCUUGACUUGACGCACAAUUUAUUGAAAUCGUUUGACAGAUCAGUAUUUUCCACACUUUCUUACCUGGUGACUCUGGAUCUCAGUUCCAAUCUGAUAGCAGAGGCUAUCAAUACUUGGAAUCAAACCUCACUUCACACUAUCUUACUUCAUGCCAAUAAACUCACAGUAAUUGAUGAAGACUGGAUCAGCGAAGAAUACCUCCCAUCUUUAAAGACGCUGGAUGUCUCCUCAAACUCGCUGAAAUGCAACUGCGAUCUAGUUUGGUUUCGCAUGUGGAUAGAAACUGACGCGAAUGUCAACUUAAUCGACUACGGCACCUAUACGUGUACAUCUCCAACAAAUAACAGCAAAUUAAUUCAUCUCAAAGAUUUUAAUCCUAAUAGGCUUCAAUGUACGUCACCGUUUCCUUUGAUUCUGACCAUUGUGGGUAGUAUUCUGUUUGCUAUGCUGUUUAUAUUGAUAGUAAUUUCUGUCUACCAUAGAUGGUACAUUCGCUACGGCUGCUUCUUGCUACGACUCAAAGUCAGGGGGUAUCGUGAAAUAACAGAUGAAACAGAGAUGCAAAAAAGUUUUGACGCAUUUGUUAGUUACAACAGCAAAGACCUACAGUGGGUGUUGCAUACUUUGGUACCAACACUUGAAACCGGCGAUGAACCUACAUUUCGACUAUGCACAGACUAUCGUCAUUUCAUCGCGGGUAAGAGUAUCGUGGACAAUAUCUUGGAUUCUAUCUUAGAUAGCAGGAAGACCAUCUUGGUGUUGACUCCAAAUUUUGUCACCAGUGAAUGGUGCCACUUUGAACUUGAAAUGGCACAGCAUAGGCUAUUUGAAGAUGACCGAGAUGUACUGAUUAUAAUUGUCCUGGAGGACAUACCGGAUAAAAUUUUACCAAGACGUUUAAGGAAGUUGUUCUGCAAAAAGACUUUUAUCAAAUGGCCGCAGGAAGAAGAAGGAAGAGAGUUUAUUUUGGGCCAGGUUAAAGGAUGCACUGCAAAAGCCGAGUUUGGUGGAUCGUUCAGUAGAUAUGUCAGUGACUACAGGAUGUAG